AUGGCAACAACCAACAUUCCUGUAGAACAACCGGAUAAUUAUAUUCGUGGUGUUUCAUUUGAUACAAUGACAGAUCAAGAUCAACCUGACUUUUCAUUUACAUUGAGAGGAAAGACUCAAGGUUAUCAACGUACAAGACGAAGCCGAACUUUUAUGGUGGCUACUGAUUUAGAAAACUAUAGUGAUUAUGCUUUAGAUUGGGCUAUUGAAAAUGUCAUGGAUCAUGGAGAUGAAAUUAUUGUUUUGAGAGUGCUUACUAUAGAUAUGAGUGAUAAUCGACCUAAUGUAAAAGCUAUGCUUAGACAUGAAGAAUUACAAUCAAAAGAAAUAGCAAAUACAGUUAUGAAAAGAAUUAUGGCGGCAGGUAAUGAAGAUAUGAAGAUUAGUGCUGUUAUUGAAUUCGUUAUUGGUAAAGUUCAAGAGACAAUUCAGAAUAUGAUUUCAAUAUAUCAACCUUCUAUGCUUAUUGUGGGUACUAGAGGCAUGUCUGAAUUAAAAGGUAUGUUUAUCAAUAGUAUAUCCAGGUAUUGUUUGCAACAUUCUCCUGUACCUGUCGUUAUUGUUCAACCUGAAGAGAGAGUAAAGAAACAACAUCAAAAGAAGACGACCAAGAAUCGACUUAGUGGUAUGUUUCGUAGUAUUAGUAACCAUUCAGGUUCUUCUGAUUCUUCUUCGACUGAGAGUAGCAGUAGUUCAUCAGAUGAUGACGAUGAAGUAUCAAAGCUUCAGAAAAAGGUACAUAACAAGCUAUCUGUAUUCGAAAAGAUGGGUCGUCGUUCAAGAUCACUUUCUCCUGCUAAACCGUCAUCUACUACGAAAACUAUGACUACUACUACUAGUGGUACAUCUUCUAUUCCUAGUAGAAGAUAA